GCUGCACUUAGAUUGAGUAGCAGGGGGAAGCCCUGCGCGUCCAUAUCUGUCGUCGUUUUUCAUGAUGACGAACAGAAGCUUUUUGAUGAGACCUCGAUUUAAGGAAGUUUGGCAUUGAAAGCCAGCAGACAUUACAGUCCAGGGCAAUGACGACUUUGAGGCGUUUCACAUGCGAUGAUCUAUUCACGUUCAACAGCGUGAACUUGGACUUUUUUACAGAGACAUACAAUCUGCCCUUCUAUCUGCAGUACCUGGCAAACUGGCCAGAGUACUGCUUGAUGGCGGAAGGGGCGGGCCAGCAGGCUAUGGGGUACAUCCUGGGGAAGGUGGAAGGCGAGGACGAGAACUGGCAUGGUCAUGUCACAGCCCUCACUGUGGCACCAGACUUCAGGCGACAGGGGCUUGCUCGCAACCUAAUGGAUCUGCUGGAGAGCGUCACACACAAAGUGCACAACGGCUAUUUUGUGGAUCUGUUUGUGCGCCAGUCCAACUCCAAUGCAAUUGGAAUGUACACAAAGUUUGGAUACAGUGUGUAUCGGACGGUGAUUGGGUACUACAGCGGGGUGGAGGAUGCAUAUGACAUGAGGAAAGCAAUGCCAAGGGAUGUGCGCAAGCGCUCCCUCAUUCCUAUAAAGAGCAGGAUAUACCCACACGAGCUGGAGACAGACUGAGUGCGGCGGGAGGCCGCGCCGGUUCAGGAUUAGUUUCAUUGCUGUGAGUUGCAGCUUUUGUUGUGUUGGACCUGUAGAAUCUUUACAUGUGCCUGUUGCCAACAGUGUAAUUUAAAAUGUUGGCAGAUCGUGUCAGGUGGCUUCUGCAUCACUGGUGCACCAGUAGUACUAGAGUGGCGACUCCAACUUGGCUGAAUCUGUGGGUCCUUCGAGUCCUGAAUGUCAUGAACUGAGUCAAGUGUCAAAACGGACAGGAGAGACGCAUUUGUAAUCUUGUGAUUUGGGCUC